AUGGCUAGAAUCCCCGCUGCGUCGCUCACAGGUCCCCACGGGUCCGGGGGCGACGGCGCACGGGGGUGGGGGAGCAGCCCUGCGCUCCGUAUCUGCUGGCUGCCGUCGAGGGCUACCACCAACACAGGAGAGUACGAAGCAGAGCUCCAGCAGGUGUUGUUCCAUGGCCCUGACGCUUUAGCUAGUCUCUGCUGGGUCCUCACAAAAGUCAUAUCCUUCCUGGCGAGGGGCCCAAAGCUGAUGCGCCUUCCCAAGGAAAUUUGUCCUUGGGAGAAGGCCAGUAGCAUUUGGGAGUCGGAGAAUUUCUUUUAUGAACUUGAGCCUCUGCCAGGGGCUGUGGAAGCUGUGAAGCAAAUGGCCAACCUCCAAAACACUGAAGUUUUCAUCUGCACGAGCCCCAUCAAGAUGUUCAAGUACUGUCCCUAUGAGAAGUACGCCUGGGUGGAGAAGCACUUUGGCCCUGACUUUCUGGAGCAGAUUGUGCUGACCAGAGACAAGACUGUGGUCUCCGCUGACCUUCUCAUAGAUGACCGGCCAGACAUCACAGGCAAGUGGCCUGCGACAGGGGCUGAGCCAAACCCCAGCUGGGAGCACGUCCUCUUCACCGCCUGCCACAACCAGCACCUGAAGUUGCAGCCCCCCCGCCGCAGGCUGCACUCCUGGGCCGACGACUGGAAGGCCAUCCUGGACAGCAAGCGGCCUGGCUGAGCUGGACUGUGCUUCGGGCUCCUCCACAGAGUCCUGACCUCAGGUUCCCAGCUCAGGACCUGUGGGAUCCCCCCUGGACACCCAGGCCCAGAUGGCCUCCUGCUGCAUGCCUCCCUUUCCCAGCCCUGCCAGGCCUUAACCCGAUCUCAGGACAGGGCUGGGCCCCGUGGGCCCUUGGACACGGACACGUGCUCCCAGGCAGUUCGGGCUGACCUCAGGCAGCAGGCCUCAAGCUGCCAGGGGCCCAGGGGCCCAGGAUGGGGAGGAGUCAGGCCACCGCAGGGGAGGUCGGCAGCCCUCUCCACUCCCCGGGCAAGCUCCGGGGGCUGCAGUGCGACAGCAGGGAGGGCCAGGAGCCUGGUGACUGAAGUGCUUCCAGUGGGGCUGAGCCCCUCACUGUCCCCACCACGCACCCCUUCCUCCACGUGCCCACCCAGCCUGCCUCCCCAGAUGACCUGCCAUGCGUUCAGCAAACACUCAUUAGGUGCCAGUGGCUGCCAGACUGUGCCGGGGACCACACUGGCCCUGCCCUCAGCCAGCUCAGGGGAUUCUUGCACUUCUGUCCCCAGGGCCCGCUCAGGGCCCAGCAGAGUCAGCAGGCCGAAUGUUUGUUGAGUGCAUGAAAAAUAAAAGCUGUUCACGUGUA